GCUCUCCGUGUGCUGCGCUUCUCCUCAGCCUUCCUCGGCUGCCCUUAGCCCCGUCCGGCCCUUCUCACCCCCCUCAGUCUCCCUGGGCUCUUCUCAGACCCCCUCUCACCCCGGUCUCCUUCCCGCAGUCCCCCUCGUCAGCCCGGCACCCUCUCCUCUCCCCUGAGCUCCCCCGAUAUUCGCUCUGCGCCCCGCAUCUGCCCUGGUCUCCCCUCAGCCCCCUCGGCCCCCGCGGAGAUGGAUGACGAGCCAGAACGGACCAAGCGCUGGGAAGGAGGCUACGAAAGAACAUGGGAAAUUCUCAAGGAAGACGAAUCCGGGUCGUUGAAAGCAACCAUCGAGGACAUUCUCUUCAAGGCAAAGAGGAAAAGACUCUAUGAACACCAUGGACAAGUUCGGCUUGGAAUGAUGCGUCAUCUUUACGUGGUUGUUGAUGGAUCAAGAACGAUGGAGGACCAAGACUUAAAACCAAACAGACUUACUUGCACUCUGAAGUUACUGGAAUAUUUUGUUGAAGAGUACUUUGACCAGAAUCCUAUUAGUCAGAUUGGCUUAAUUGUAACCAAGAGUAAAAGAGCGGAAAAAAUGACAGAACUCUCAGGAAACUCAAAAAAGCAUGUAACUGCUCUGAAGAAAGCAGUGGAUAUGAACUGUAGUGGAGAGCCUUCUCUAUAUAAUUCCCUAAAUUUGGCCAUGCAAACCUUAAAGCACAUGCCAGGACAUACAAGCAGAGAGGUUUUGGUAGUCCUCAGCAGUCUGACAACAUGUGAUCCAGCCAACAUCUAUGAUCUAAUUAAGUGUUUAAAAGCAGUAAAGAUCAGAGUAUCUGUCAUCGGCCUAAGUGCUGAAGUUCGAGUUUGUACAGUACUUGCCCGAGAAACUGGUGGAACAUACCACGUUAUUUUAGAUGAAAGUCAUUAUAAGGAACUGUUGAUGCAGCAUGUUAGUCCUCCACCUGCCAGUUCAACUUCUGAGUGCUCCCUUAUUCGAAUGGGUUUUCCUCAGCAUACUAUCGCUUCUCUAUCUGAUCAAGAUGCAAAGCCUUCCUUUAGCAUGGCGCAGUUGGAAAAUAACAGUGACCCAGGUCUUACACUGGGUGGAUAUUUUUGUCCUCAGUGCAGAGCCAAAUACUGUGAGCUUCCUGUGGAAUGCAAAAUCUGUGGUCUUACAUUAGUGUCUGCACCUCACCUGGCUCGGUCUUACCAUCACUUGUUUCCUUUAGAUGUCUUUCAGGAAGUUCCGCUGGAAGAAUACAAGGGAGAACGGCAUUGUCAAGGCUGCCAGGGAGAAAUAAAAGAUCAAAAUGUGUACAUAUGCAAAGUGUGUCAGAAUGCGUUCUGUGUGGAAUGUGAUCUGUUUGUUCAUGAUUCGCUGCACUGCUGUCCUGGCUGUAUUCAUGAGCACCCUGCUCCUGUGUCUGAGGGUAAGAUUGCUGAAAGGCAAUGAAUUUGCAAAAGGGCAAGACCUGAGUUAAUGCAAACUAUUGUUUGAUGAACUCAGUAUUGAAGACAAGAAGAGCUGCUGUUUGGUUCUGAGGCUGCACUGAAUUGACAGAACUGCACGUCAUCUUCUCUCCUUGGCUAAACUCCUAGACCAACAGACAGUAAGGUGGGUGCAGGAGGAGAAGUGUCCAUCCUUACCUGAACUUUGAAGAAUAGCAAUUGAGACAAAUGCAAGGCUGCCAUUUUGCAGUGUCUACUCAAAGAGUGUUUGCAGCUUGAACCUGUGAGAAUUGUAAUGUGCUACACCUCAGUAAAAGGAGGUUACAGGUGCAGGUCUGAAGCAGUACAUCACAAUGGAUUUUCUUGAGUCAUCUUGUGAUGAUUGUAAAUACAUCAGUGACUGAGUUGCUCUGGGUGUAUAUGACUUAAUUUUUGAGCUUUGUUUUCUGUCAUACUAGAAAUGGCAAUAUAACAGCUGAAUCUUAACACAGAAACAAGCAAAAAACCCAACCCCCUCCUCUUACCUUAGUUCGAUUUUUCAUGCUCACCAUAUAUAAACAUACAUGUAACUUUUCAGUUCUUAUAGGCACUUUUCAUUCAGUUGUUAGAAAAAGCUAUACUAUGCUUUUUCUACUGAUAGUGCCUGCAUGCUGGAUUCAGUGCAGUAAUUCUUUUGUGUUGGCAGAAAAAUAACUGUUGAGUAUCUGCAUGUCAUUUUGUGCUGAGUCAAACAAUCCCUAUAAACUCUGAGCUGUCAGGUGGUUGCAGUGCCUAUUACUAAAAACUAGCAGAUAAAGGACAUGAAUGUUUGUUCUGGUCUAGCAGCUCAUUCCAAGCCAAACAAAUGCUCUAAGCAUCUGGCUCUUAGAUAUUCUGAUGCUGGUGACAACCUCUUGAGACAGCAUUUUCUGGUAAUAUUUUCAUCUUUGCAGUCAUUAUUUUCUAAUGGAAAUAAAAGGGGGUUUCAGAACACUUCAAAUCCUCCUUCUUCUCUUGCUAGAUACCAAAAUAAUACACUCUUACCCAGCUUCUAUUUCUGAAAGUAAAAACCAUGUAGAAGUUGCAGCCAUAUACUCCAUUACCAGCAUGUGGUCACAGCAAUAAUUUGGUUUAUACUUUCCUACCCUUCUCAUUGGUAGAACAGUUCAGACUAGCUCCUGAAAAAUUAAUAGUAAGGCAUUAUUUCUCUGGUGUAUAAAGACUUUCAUUUGUGUCCUGUGUAUUUAAAGCAGCAUGGAGGAAAUAUUUCCUCCACCUGUUCUUUUUGACUGGAAUUCACUGUCUCUCAAGUCUCCCUUGCUUGUGGGAAGCUUUUUAAUUCUUGUUCAUUUCCUUGUUUACUGUAUCUGCCAUAAGGUAAGUCAAUCAAUUAGAUUAUUAGAAGGCCUGUGAGAAAUUAUUGUAGGUCUUGAAGAUAUUGCAUGAAAGGUUUCAGAGUUAAAGUGCUGAAGGAAGAGACAAAAAGAUCAAAACAUCCUGUAGUGUAGUUGAGGAUGCAGCUGUGGCAAGAAGUUUUGAGACUAGAGAGUGAUGCCAUGUGGAAGGGAGAGGAUUUCAAAAGGGCGAGAGCCCUCACUUCUAGUUUACAUUUUCUUUGUAGGAACAAAAGUUCCCAUCUGUAGUAACAUUGAUAGUAAUUUUCAAGAGUGGAAAGGCUGAAAAUAUAUUAAUUAAAAUAUGAGUAGAAGAGGGCCCCACAGUGAAGCAGGUGGAUGCCUGAAGAAGGCCAUGACCCUGUGGAAGGUCCACACUGUAGCAGGUUCUGUGGCCCCAUGGAGAGAGGAGUCCAUCCUGGAGCAGGUUUGCUGGCAGAACUUGUGACCCUGUGGGAGACUCAAGCUGGACCAGCUUGAUCCUGAAGGACUGCACCCUGUGGCCAGGUUGCACACCAGAGCAGUUCUUAAAGAACUGGAGUCCUUAAGAAGGACCCAUAUUGGAGGAGUUCAUGGAGGACUGUCUCCCAUGGGAGAGACCAUCCUGGAGUAGGGGAAAAGUAUGAGGAGUUGUGCCUGAUGGAGAAGAAGCAGUAGUAUGGUGUGAUGAAUUGACCACAGCCCCCAUUUCUCUGCAUUGCUGGGAGAUGGAGGUAGAGAAAAUUUUAAGUGAAGUUAAAUGCAUGAAGAAA